GUGGGACCGAGCGCGAGCGCUUGGCGGCUGCCGCUGCUGAAGCUGCUCCCGCUGCCGCCGCCGCCGCCGCCGCGGACUGUGCCUGCCUGAAUCCGCGCCGGCCGAACUCGCCCCGGGCUUUUGUUGUCAUCCUCCUCCUCCUCUCCUCCUCCUCUCCUCCUCCUCCUCCUCCUCCUCCUCUCCUCCUGCAGCCCCUCUGCCUCUGCUGCCGCCGCCGCCGCGUCCUCAGCCACCUCCUCCAGGCAGCGAGCCCGGCGCCCCGGGACCUUGGCUCUGCCCUUCGCCCGCCGGACGGCGGCGGGGCGCAGCGGGGGACAGGCGGACCGGCGGACGGACGGGAGGGCGGCGGCCGACCGGCCGGCCAUGGAUCUCCUCGUGCGGGGCUGCUGGCUCCUCUGGGUGGCCACCGCCGCCUCGGCCCGCGGGGAGCCGGGGGGCAGCAAGAGCAGGAGCUGCGCCGAGGUCCGCCAGGUCUACGGGGCCAAAGGCUUCAGCCUGAGCGGCGUGCCUCAGGCGGAGAUCUCCGGUGAACACCUGAGGAUCUGCCCACAGGGCUACACCUGCUGCACCAGUGAGAUGGAGGAGAAUUUUGCCAACCGGAGUCGCAGCGAGUUGGAAGGAGCCCUCAGGGAAACCAGCCGCUCAAUGCAAGUGAUGCUCAGCACUCAGCUCCGUAACUUUGACGGUCAUUUCCAGGACCUGCUGAACAAGUCGGAGCGGGCUCUCCAGGACACGUUUCCCGGCGUCCAUGGGGACUUGUACACCCAGAACUCGCGGCUGUUCCGGGACUUGUACUCAGAACUGCGCCGCUAUUACCGGGGGGCCAACAUCAACCUGGAAGAGGCGUUGGCCGAGUUCUGGGCGCGCCUGCUGGAGCGGCUCUUCAAGCAGCUGCACCCCCACUACGUGCUCCCCGACGAGUACCUGGACUGUAUGGGCAAGCAGGCAGAAGCCUACAAGCCCUUCGGCGAGGCGCCAAGGGAGCUCAAGGUCCGGGCCACCAGGGCCUUCGUGGCUGUCCGCUCCUUCGUGCAGGGCCUGGGCGUGGCCAUUGACGUGGUCAGGAAGGUGUCCCAGGUGCCCCUGGGCCAGGAGUGUUCUCGGGCCAUCAUGAAGUUGCUCUAUUGCUCCCAUUGCCUGGGGGUGCAGAGCCCCCAGCCGUGUUCCGGCUAUUGUCAAAAUGUGAUGAAGGGCUGCCUGGCCAACCAGGCCGACCUGGACACCGAGUGGAGGAACCUGCUGGACUCCAUGCUGCUCGUGGCUGACAAGUUUGAUGGUCAGACAAGUGUGGAGAGUACAAUCGGGACAAUCCACGUUCGGAUCUCAGAGGCCAUCACCACCCUCCAGGACAACAAGGACACGCUCACAGCCAAGGUUUUUCAAGGUUGUGGAAAUCCCAGAGUGAGCGGCAAGAGCCCUGGUGGAGAGGAAAAGAGACGGCGAGGGAAGCCUGUGGCGGAGGAGAAGCCCUCAGGGGUGGGGCUGGAGAAGCUGGUCUCAGAAGCCAAAGCCCAGCUCCGGGAUGUCCGAGACUUUUGGGUCAGUCUCCCGGGGGUCCUGUGCACUGAGAAGGUGGCCAUGAGCUCAUCCCUGAACGAACGAUGCUGGAAUGGGAUGACCAAAGGGCGGUACCUCCCGGAGGUGAUGGGUGAUGGCCUUGCCAGUCAGAUCAACAACCCCGAGGUGGAGGUCGAUAUUACCAAGCCCGACAUGACCAUCCGGCAGCAGAUUAUGCAGCUUAAGAUCAUGACCAACCGCUUGCGUAAUGCCUAUAAUGGGAACGACAUCGACUUCCAGGACACCAGUGAUGACAUCAGCGGCUCAGGGAGCGGAGAUGGCUGUUUGGAUGAGGUCUGUGGGAAAAGACUGAGCAAAAGUCAGAGCACGAGGCAGCCGGAGACCCAUGCCAUCCCCAACCUGUCAGAACAUGACGGGAGCGGUGGCCCCAGCUGCCCCCGGCCUUCCUCCCCCCUCUUCCUCCUCCUCACCCUAGCUGCAGCAUGGUCCCUAGGGCGAUAACCACCCUGCCAGCGAAAGGGACUAUGGCCGAGGCCGGCCUUUGCCAAAAUGGACGGACGAUAUUUGAUUCAUCUCGGCAGACGGCGAGAAGGCACGAAACUCAAGGGGUGGGUGGAUGGCUGAGAGUGACGGUGGCCCCGGACCCAGGCAGGAGCCCUCAUCCGCUCUGACUCCCGGGCCCUGCUGGCCAUACCUGGUUCUUUGUUUGUUUGGUUGGUUUUUCUGUUUGUUCAUUUCAUUCUUUUCCCGGGGUGGGGGAGGGGCUGCACGAGGCUCUCCGGUCAACGGGAUGACUUCCCCCAAAGGAUCUGCAGUGGGAGGCCCCGAGCAGCGACGACGGCGACACAAUAAAAGCCUGAGCGUCCAGAGGGAAGCCCAUUGCGGGGAGCCGAGGAGAAAGCCGAGUUUGAAAGGUGACGGCCCCCUCCAGAGAGACAAGUGCCCGUGCCUUCCUUCCAGCGCCCCUGCAAGCAGCCUCCCCCAGUGGGGAAUGACUCACAAGCUUACCUGGCCUCAAUGCAAAAUCCUACCUUCAAGAUCUCAAGGAAAUAAGUCUUUCUCCUUAGUUUAAAAAAAAUAGUUUUUGAAGCAGUCGAUGGUCCUCUGCCCUUGAGGUGCCCAGGAGUGGGAAUCUGAUAUUUUGCAUGAGAGUCCAAAAUUCACCCAAGAUCUCCACCAACACUCAGUGAGUAAGGACACUUCUAUAGCGUGUGACGUUGAAGCAAACAGGCGGCUGAGUAUAUGGAACCCCUGACUUUUUGUCUUGUAAACUGGCACCCAGACCCUUUGCUCAAUGCAUUCGACUGUCAAAGGCUUUGUUUACAAAUCAGGGUUCUUUGAGAUAUCCAUCCGAUGUGUCUGGGGGGAAGUCUAGAGCAACAGCAUUGGAGAACAGCACUAGGACUGUAUUGGGGGACUAUUCUUUAUUCAUUGCCUGACCUGGGAAAGAGCAGCUCCUCAGGCCGAUCUCCUGGGAGUGCUAGCUCUCCCACCCCCCACCCCCAUUUCACAGCUGGGAUCACUGAGACACAAAUGGGGCAGAAGCCCUUCCUCGGGUCCCACACUGGGUCAGCUGCUCUUGACCACCCUGAGAAGACAGCUGGCCCUCUAGGUCACACCAAAGCAUCUUCUCCAACUUAUCAUUUUGGUUUUUCUUUGGCCCAUUGCUUCCAAUACUCCAUAACCUCUGACUUGAUUGUCAAGAGGGAACUCAGAUUUUGAGGUUUCCUUUUUUAUUUUUUGUUUAAAUAUACAUCAAGAGAUUUACCACAGGCAGAACCUUGUCCUUCACGGGGCUCCAGGGUGGUCAUUGGAAUGCACCGGUCAGCAAGUUCUAGCACGGAUCCCCACAAGGCCAAUCCAGUGAAGUCAUAAUGGAUUUUUAUUCUCUGUGACUCAUUGGUCUGAUAUUGUGCAGAUUUGUUUCUCUUUGUUUUUGGUGGGGAGGUUGGGGCAGGAAAGUGGAGCCCAAAGUCUAGCUUUUACAUUUAAGGGUUUUUAUAGGCUCACAUACACUUUUCAAUACUCCAAAUCCCGUUUCCAUCAUUAAGAACAUUUUCUUGGAAUUAUUUUUCAAGGAACCUUCCUUUCAAGGAGAGAA